CGCGCCGGCGGGAAAAAGCUGAGGUGCUGCCCCGUCCGCGCCAAGGAACUCCAGUUGACAGUUGAUCAGUGGAAGGGCAGGACGUACACGCUCCCACGGAUCCAGGAUGACGCGGCAACGGAAAGGAGGUCAGUUCGGGGCGCUGUUGCUCCUGGCGGCGGUGACUCUCCACGGCGCGUCCUCCCUGCCCACCGCCUCCCUCGCCGACGUCCUCGCUCGGGCACGCCACCAGGAGGCGCCUUCCUCCCGCCGCCUGCAGGUUCUCGACACCGAAACUUCAAGGAAUAACUUCACCGUGGCGGAACCGAGGGAAGAGGGAGAGAAGGCGACGAAGGAGGAGGAGGGGAAGGAGAAGGAGAAGGAGGAGGGGAAGGAGGACCACAUGGAAGGCCUCCUGGAGUACCUGGAACUCGAAACCCUGGACGCCGAGGAUCCGAGGAUGAACUCUCCUGACGGGCUGACACUUCUUAGUCAUUCGGGAAACGCGCUCACCUUCACGAGGGAAACUGGCGGCGGCGUGAGUCUCAACGGAGCGCCGGUAGAGGGCGUGCACACCCUCCCAGACGGGACCGAAGUCUAUACCUUGGAGCGCUUUCUCGAGGACCACAAAGGGCGUCUCGAUGAGGCCUUCAGGUUCUUGAGCCAACAAGCCAAUCGACUCCAGCCUCAUGGAAGGAAUCUUGCAGCUGAGCAACCCGCCAAAAUCCAAGAACAGAAAACGGAAUCCGCGGAAACAGCGUCUCAAGUGCCUCGCCCUCUGCCGGAAGCUGAAAUCCCUAAGUCCCGCGUGGUGGUCAGCGAAGUCACGGAAAUAUCGUCGGAGAUCUCAGCCCCGGUGACUUCUAUUACGCUGACGAAAUUCUCAAUGUCCUCUCUCUCGGAUAAGCCAGUUCCCGCUUCGAAGACCAUCUCGGCGUUCGAAAAGACGGCGUCACCCAAAGGCACCAACGACGUGGAAGUGAAGUCGGUAACAGAGACGUUCUCUGGUCCUCUGGCAGAAGAGGAACCGGCGCCACAGACGGAAAUUCCUGAGAAAACCCCGGCAGUCGAAGUAGAUCCUGUCACAGAUUUUGUCUACGAGCCAUCGCCAGAAGAGCCCAUACCUGUGACUGAGUCUGUGUUCGUAAGCCAAGUGGAAUUCGAAGGAAUCACAGAAGCGUUUGAGCCUGCAUUGGCUGAUAUAGUUCCAGCAACAGAGGCCGCGUGGGACCCAUCUAUAGAGGAAGCCAGUGCCGUAACGUCUAUUUCAAUGAAGUCUUCGUCCACGGAUCCUGAACAACAAUCAAAAUCCCACAUUGAGUCACCAGUGGUUAUUCCAGCAACGGGGCCAACAGUGGAAAUAGCUCCUGAGGACUUGAAUCCACAAACAGAAACCCUUUUCGAAACUGCGUCUCCUGAUCCUGUAAAUGAAGAAGAGGAACAGACAGAUCUCUCACAUGUUCACAUCCCCAUUACAGAAACUCCGUUCGAGGUUUCGUCAGUGGAACCGGAACCAGUUACUGAGACCUUGUUCAAAUCUCUGCAAAAGCCUCUUCCAACGACGGAAUCUAUGGACGAAUUGUCUCAGGACUUCACGCAGGAGAAUGAAACUGACUCUGAAAAUCCAAGGGCCCCUGUUGCUGUACCAGAGACAGAAAUCCCCACAACACCUUUGCUUGAUACAGAGUUGUCAUUCGACAGUCACGAAAAUAUCAUCCCAAGGACAGAAAUUCCACUUAGGAGUUCGGCAGAAUCUCUUCCAAAGACUAAGAUUAUGGCCGAGGCACCUUUAGAAACCCAUCCGGAAGAAAUCCCUCAAGCUGAAGUUGUUACGAAUCUCUCGCCUUUGGAUUCCAUAGACGCUAACAACACUCAUGCAGGUGUUACGGUUGAGACAGAAACACGACUCACAAAUACUAAUGAUACAGAGACACCAGAGGCACUCAGUCACUCUCUGGACAUUGCAAGAAAAGAACAUAUCCUGCCCCAAGACACAUUACUCGAAAGUGUUUACUCAGAGGAUCUCCUGGCAGAGUGGCAACAAACUGUUAUCCCACAAAUACCUGCUGCCACGGAAGAAGUCGACUUCGCUUUGCUAGACGUAUGGAAGGAAGCUCUCAGCCACAGUGAAACUAACUCAUCAGGAGCAGAAAUAGGUGUUCCUAGGACUAUUCUGUCUCCUGAUUACUUCACAAUGGUGAACUUAGUGCCCCAAGAUGUCCCGCAUCCGCUGUAUGGAGACACACCCGAAGCCGCAGCUCUUCGUAAGGAAUUCCUCCUAGACUACCUGGUCUUGGAGCCUUUCGACUUCCAGGAUUCUAGAAUGAUUCAGCCUGAAGGACUUGCUGUUCCCAAUCUCAGCAGGAAGGAACUCAUAUUCUUUGUGGAUGCUAAUGACAACCUGACCGUCAAUGGAGUAUCGGUAGAAGGCAUCAACGUCUUAUCCGAUGGGACAGUGGUCCUCACCCUGUCAGACUUCCUUUUCGAUCACCGCCAUGUGAUUGAUGAGAUCCUUCACACUCUUCCAAGAACGAACGAAGGAUUAUUCGUCCAGAAACAUGGGCUGGUGUCUGCUCCUGAAGUGACAAGUACAAAUGAAACCUCAGAAGCCACGAAGAUUGAAGAAGAAAACACAGAUCCAGUAACGGGUACACCAAGUACGACGAGUUUACCAGUUCCUGUCGCAAAAGCCGUGAUUUCUAAGGACUCCUCCUUCAACGAGGUAACGAAUCCUGCAGAGCCCGUCCCAAGCAAAGAACCAGGUCUCACAACAGACAAGGCAUCGGAAGUAGAUGAAAUUUCCAUAGGAACCGAAAGGCCUGAUUCUACUGAAGAUGUCGUUAACGCCACAGAAGCCCCACAGUACCAGCCAGAAGAGCAGGACACAACAGGACAGGCUUUUGAUUCUGAAGAACCCACGGGUCUUACAGUCCCCAGAAUUCCCCAGCUCGUUGAAGAAGGAGAGUCCUCUUCACUCCUGAACUUAUGGCGUCAUGCACUGAGACACCAGGACGCUACCGCUACACUCAGAGAUGAUAGAGAGCCCAAGACCCUCAUAUCUCCAGACUACUUCAUCGUCAUGAAUCUGGUUCCCCAAGACGCCCCUCACCCUCUCUACGACGACGCCCCUGAGAACGUGGCCCUACGGACGGAAUUCCUACUCGACUACCUGGUCCAGGACCCGAUCAAUGUCCAGGAUCCGGAAAUAUCCUCGCCUGAAGGAAUCAGUGUGACCAACCUUGCCGGGAAGAAAUUGACCUUCGCUGCUGAUCCACAAGGCAAGAUCAGCAUCAACGGCGUCCCGGUGGAGAUGGUGGAGAUCCUCGAAGACGGGACUCAGGUGUAUACGGUGGAGGAUCUGCUCUUUACCCACAAAGCUCGAGUGGAUGAGGCCUUCUUCCACCUCGUCAGCCAGCCUGCCGAGUUUGGUCCACUCGGCGAGCCCUUGGAUAUCCCUGAGCCUCCUACUCCAACGAAGGACUUCUUUGACACGCCCCUGCCAAGGAUCCCUCACCAGGUGGAUGUUGAGGACUCCUCUUCACUCCUUAGCCUCUGGCGCCAUGCCCUCAGGGAGCAGGAACCCUCUCUGGCGUUCAAGGAGGACACAGUCCCCAAGACUAUCCUGUCCCCCGACUUCCUGGAGAUGGGCAACCUCGUCCCCCAAGACGCCCCUCACCCCCUCUACGACGACUCCCCCAAGAACGUGGCCCUCCGGAAUGAGUUCCUCUUGGACUACCUCGUCCGGGAGCCUAUAAACGUGCAGGAUCCCAACAUUAGUUCCCCGGGAGGCAUCGGCGUCACGAAUCUCGCCGGACACCAGCUCUCCUUCGCGGCGGAUUCGGAAGGUAAACUGACCAUCAACGACGUGCCUGUGAAGAUGAUCGAGAUUUUAUCGGACGGGACGCAGGUGUACACCCUGGCGGACUUCCUGUUCGAGCACCGGGCGCGCGUGGACGACGCCUUCCUGCACCUGAUCAGCCAGCCUGCGGAGUUCGGGCCGCUCGGGGAGCCUCUGGAUGCUUCGAGCACCCAGCCUGACACCACCCUGGCCGAGGUCUGAGCUGACAGACACUGACAACACGCCGCCGCCAUGACAAUCGCUGUCAGAAACACUUUGCUUGAUUCUAGUCACAUUGUACAUGUUUUUUUUUCUUGCAUUAAGAGUGAACAUGCAUUUUCCCGGAUUUUUUUUUCUGUUUGUUUGUUUUUUGUUUGUUUUUUUCUUCUUCUUCGUCCGAAACAACUGCCUUUUCUUUUUCUUUUUUUCUGGUUUUCGUUUGUUUCCUUCGCCUGAAACAUACCAUAUUUUUUCUCUCAUUUUCUUCUCUCUCUUUUUUUCGUUUGUUUUCUUCGCCCGAAAUUUACCAGUUUUUAUUUUCUUUUUCUUUUUUUCUUCUCUCUCUCUUUUUUGUCUGUUUUCUUCGCCCGAAACACACCAGGUUAAAGUUGUAUUUGUACAUUGCUUGGGGUAAAGAAAAAGGGUUAUAUUAGUGGGUUUCAAGAGGUAUUAGGAGAAAGAGGAAUCAUAUAUAACAAAAUGAGGCCUCCAUAACUUACUUUUUAUAUUUAAUGGAAAAACAAAGAUAAAGAAAAUUGGAAGCUUCAUUUUUUUUUCAUUCAGUGAGAAAAAAAAACAUAGGUUAGGAAAAUCUUGGAAUGGAAUCUUCAUAACAAUUUUGUUUUUUUGUCUGGUUUUCAUCCAAUAAAAAAAAGAAAAAGAAGGAAAAUUAGAAUCUUUAUAAUACAAUUAAAAAAUAUAUAAAUUAUCAUUAUUCAAUGAGAAGAAAGACAUAUAAGGAAAAUUAAGAUCUUAAUAACACUUUUUUUAAAUAAGAAAAAAAGGAUUUUUUUUGUAUUACUUUUCAUGUGUUGUGUGAACGUGUCUCUGUAUAUAUGUGUGUAUAGUAUUGUGUACGUGUGACUGUAUAGUUAAAUUAAUUUAGGUUAACUCGCCAAUUUUUCUGACGAAAGAUGUGACUGUGAAUAUUAAAUAACCGCUUUAUUAUAAAUUAAUUCAAAUGUUAUGUGUAUUGAUAAGUGAAUAUUAAAAGUUAAUGGAUACUG